AUGAAUGUUGGCGUAGCGCACAGUGAGGUGAACCCCAACACUCGGGUCAUGAACAGUCGAGGGAUCUGGCUGACCUAUGCCCUCGGUGUUGGAAUGCUUCACAUUGUGCUUUUGAGCAUACCCUUCUUCAGUGUACCUGUGGUGUGGACUCUCACAAAUGUUAUACACAAUUUUGUAAGUAAUUUCUCUUCUCACGCUUUAAUAACCUAUUACCAGUUUGUCCUUCUUACUUUCAGCCAUAUCAUGGUAAACCCCCCCCCCCCCCCUCCCCCCCCCUUCAAAGUUGGUGCCUAGACAAUUGUUGCUUCAUCAAUGCAUUGGUCUCUCAUUGUUCCUUGCGGAAUCUGUUUAAUAAAGAAACAAGGUCACUGACUCACUAAGUUUAACUGUUGUCCCCAUAUUGGAAAGGUCUUCUGUAUUACAGCAGUAAAGAAGGCCGUUAAAAGGGAACCACAAUAUUCUGCUAUUUUAGUUCAGCAGCUUAUUGUUUACUGUAUCUUUUGCUUGCCAGCAAGUGCUAGUUCAGCUGGUAAAUGAAUUUUUUUCACAGACCCUUUUAUUCAUAGAAUGUAGCAUUCUCAUUCAAAUGACCUUAUGUCCUCAGUGCCAAGUGUUGUAAAGGAACUUAGGAAGUGAAUACCCAGAACAUAACACACUCCAAUGUCCCAUUUAUGACCUAGUAGUUAAUAAAGUAUCAGUUGAGGUAAUUGUGAGAGGCUUUGCACCAGUAAGCAGAUUUCACACGCACUCCACUUCUUAUCAUAAAUACAGUUCUGAUUCUAUCCCAGCUCUUUCCAUGGAAUGAUAAUUAAAAGAUGUAUAAUAUAAUUUUAAUGAACCAAAAGGACAUGUAGUUGUGCUGCAACAUCUACCCUCAGUCUCUGGCACCAUUUGCUACGUUAUGAUUAGUUUGUCUUGUCUUAGUGGACUGUCUCUCGCCGUCAAGAUUUGGACUCAUUCACUGUAUCUGUGUCUGUCUUGCAGGGGAUGUAUGUCUUCAUGCAUGCAGUGAAAGGCACUCCGUUUGAGACCCCAGACCAAGGAAAAGCCCGGCUCCUGACACAUUGGGAACAGUUGGACUACGGCGUGCAGUUCACAUCAUCCAGAAAAUUCUUCACCAUCUCCCCAAUCAUUUUGUAUGUCGCCUCCCGUCAUUUAGAACAAGAGGUUACAUUUUUGUCCAUUGGCUUUAGAUACCCAUUUAGCAUCCAGUGCAGAAAUAAUUGCAAACUGUAUGGGAUGGUUUCCCGGACACAGAUCAAUCCUAGUCCUGGACUAAAAAGCACUUAAAUCCUCCAUUUGAGAAUGCGUUUUAGUCCAGGAUUGGUUUAAUCUGUGUCUGGGAAACUGGCCCUAUAAAUUACAACUGUUGACCAUGUUGCAGAGCUUUUUUAACUGACACAUUUGCUAACUUGUCUUGUUUUUUUCUCCUAGAUAUUUUCUUGCAAGCUUCUACACGAAGUACGACACAACACACUUUGUCAUAAACACUGCCUCCCUUUUGAGUGUGCUGAUCCCCAAAUUGCCACAACUACAUGGAGUCCGCAUCUUUGGCAUCAACAAGUAUUAA